AUGACUAUUGAUGCCCAAGACUUCGUUACAGAUAAUUCUCCGAAAAUAAAGAUGUUUUUUACUAAUAAAACAAUAUUUUCCUCCGUAUUUGCAAUUCAUAGAAAUACACAUGUUUCAAUUUCAUAUAUAAAUGGAUCAGAUCUUAUUAUUACUCCGAAGUUAUAUAUAAUGAAUUCGAAUCAAACUGAAUUAUAUGAGUAUUGGGGAGUUUCCGCCUCGUAUCAUCUGUUUACAAUCCCGAAAACAGUAACUACAAUCAAAGAACGAGCUUUUGAAAAUUCAAAUGUUUCUAAGCUGGAUUUUGAAGCAGAUUCACAAUUAAUUUCAAUUGAAAAUUAUGCAUUCAGAAAUUGUUCAAAAUUAUAUUCAUUGGACUUUUCUUCUGCUGGUUUGAGAUAUAUAGGAAUUGAGUCAUUUAAAGAAUGUAUUAAACUGAGUUCAGUGAAUUUUAUUUCAAAAUUGUUAGUUAUUAUGAAUAAUGCAUUUGAAAAUUGCAUCAAGCUUCAAUCUGUCAACAAUUUAAAUAAUAUCCCUGAUAGUUGUUUUUGUGGAUGUACUAAUUUGAGAAGUGUAAAUAUAUUAGAAAAUUCUAGAUUAAUUGGUUAUAAAUCAUUUGAGAAUUGUUAUUCAUUAGAGAGUAUAAAUAUUCCGUCAUUUAUUGAGACAAUAUCAGAAUAUUCAUUCCUAAACUGCAUAAAACUUAAUUCAAUCAAUUUUACAGAAAGAAAUAAUUUAGUAAAAAUAUCAAACAAUUCAUUUUCAGGAUGUAAUUCACUUCAAAAAAUAAGUAAUUUCGAUUCAGAUAGAUGUAAAUGUAUUGAUAAUACUAUAUAUUAUAAAAAUAAAACUGGUGAAUAUCUCAUUUUUCAUCUUAAUAGAUCAUUAGAUAAAACUCUUAUUAUCAAUUGCAGUGUUAUCUGCAGUUACUCAUUCAAUGAAUGCAAUAACAUAUAUAAUAUCACUAUCCUUCCAAGCAGUGUUUCAUUGAUAGAAAAAUAUUCAUUCAACAACUGUUUAAAUCUUCAACACAUUAACUUCCCUCUUUCAGUCCAAAAUGUUGAAUCUCAUUCAUUUGUUGAAUGUCGUUCAAUUCGGUGUCCUCUUAUUAUUGAGAACACGAAACUCGACUUCCUAAGAAUGAUCAUAUAUUCUGGAAUUCCUCGAAAUCUUAUUGUUUCAUGUAAGAUUUAUCAUGAUACUCGCGAUUUUGAAACACCUUACAUAUAUGAUAUUGCAUCUACAACAUUAAUACUGACAUCGUUUUGUAAAUAA